AUGGAUCGUUUUUCAAUUAUGGUUCGAAAAAGAAAAAGAAGCAACGCUGGUUCGAUCAAUCCCACUAGAAAAAUUAUGGCAAUGCCCUUCAAUCCAGACGAGAGAAGAGAAACACCCAUGUCCAUGUCCUCCUCUGAAAAUCCAGAUUGGACAGCUCUCCCAAUUAACAUUGUUGAUUGUAUUCUCGCAAAACUCAUUCCUCUACCUGACUAUGACCGGUUCGGUGCAGUUUGUGUGGCGUGGCGUCACGCUUCCCUCCAUUUUUACAAUCAAAAGAAACGCAUUCAAUUCUAUCUACCUUCUCACAAAGUUCCACUGCUGCUGCUUUCGCGGAUCAAGAACGAAGAAUGUCACCGAACCUUAUACAGUUUCGCCCUAAAAAAAGUGUUAUUUUCAGCUUGUUAUGCCAACACAAGGUUCAUUGACUAUUCCCAAGGUUGGUUGAUUACUGUAGACAACAACACACAGUGCUUGACACUCAUCAAUCCCUUAGUUCAACAAAAGGGUAUCAUCAAUCUUCCUCCACUUUCCCAUCUACAGAGACGAACGUCGAUCUCUAAAGUUGCAUUGUCAGCUGACCCUGCUCAAUCUCCACAUGACUAUUUAGUGACGGUCAUAUACGACGAGUCUCAAAGGUUGGCUUUCAUCAAAUCAGGUGGUCAAAAUUGGACUUAUGUGUCCACUUUUGGUGGAGAUUGGGACGAUGUUAUCUGCCACAAAGGCCUGAUAUAUUUAACAAUGCGAUCCACUGGUGAAAUUUUCUCGUGUGACACUAAUACUAACCCUCGUCACGAGUUGAGAAUCGUGGUGACAUCUUAUAAUCACGAUUAUGAAUUCCAUUCUAGGUGUCAUUAUUUCGUGAAAUCGCCUCAGGGUGAUCUGUUGUUGAUUCGCAGGAAUUUUGGUUGGUGUUAUGAUGGUGUUGGCGAAGACCAUUGGUGCACUACCAGGUUCGAAGUUUUCAAGUUGGUGUUAGGUCUGACACUGUUUGUGGACGAUUAUCACUGCAUUUGUGUUUCAGCUUCUCAAUGUGAAGCGAAUUCUAUAUACUUCACAGAUGAUCGCGGCAUUUUCAUAUUUAACUUGGGAAGAAGUACCAUUCGAUCACUUCAUCAACCAGACCAUCAAUUCAUGUCUUCCAUCCUGAGUCCGGUUUGGUUUCUGCCCUCAAAUAUUCAUGGAAGUUAG